UAUGUUUCAGCUGACUUGCUAAUAAAAAACUUUUUUGGUUUCGCGCGUCUAGCAAAUUUUUUUAUCAUUCGAUCAAUACGUAGCUCGGGUAUUUACGUGUGAUUUCAUCGAUCCUGCUGCAUUUUUACAAAGGCGACCUUCGAAUUAGCGACAAUUUAAAAUAACGAGAGCAGGGAGGAUGCUCGGUCGUUUCAAAAACAGCAGCACCAGGCGCAAAAAUGACAUUCGAAUUGUGACUUUUUUGCAUGGCUUUUGAUAAUGGCUAUUUGUGAUGAAUCUGCAGAGGCUCUUUUAUCCAUAAAAAACGGUGGCUUUGAAGUCAACGUUAAAAGAGAAAUAAUGGAGGAAGAAAUGGACAUCUCUGAUGAUAACCAGAAUUCCAAUAAUAAUUCUGGUGAGCUCCAAAUGGAAACUGAAGAGGAGCCAUUGCAGGAGCUAGGCCCUGCUUUAUUAGGUUUGCAAAGGGUUGGUACCAAACCACCCCCAAAACCUAAUCCUCCUCAACCUGUCCAAGUACUCAAUAGAAGAGGAAUGCCAGCAAGAAUAAGGAAAAAGAAUAAAUUAUUUUACGAUGAUAUUUUAGUAAAUCAUCCCCAUCACAGAGUCAAAAAGGAUCCAGAUUCUACACCUACAAAGUCUCCUAAAAAGAUUACACGACCCUCACCAAUGAAGAAACAUCACAAAAUUAUUCAUCAUGAACCUAAAAGAUCCAUUUCCACGCCUUCUACUCCAGUCUCAAAGCCCAUUAAAAUAGAAAAACCACAAACGGUUGAAAAGCAUCCACCACCAGGCCCUUCAUCACCAGACAGAAAAAUUGGCCAAAAGAUUGGUAUGCGGUUACGGAAUCUCUUGAAAUUACCAAAAGCACAUAAGUGGGUAUGUUACGAGUGGUUCUACAGUAAUAUUGACAAGACAUUAUUUGAUGGUGACAACGAUUUUAUGAUUUGCCUUAAAGAAUCAUUCCCUCAACUUAAAACGCGAAAACUUACACGAGUAGAAUGGUGCAAAAUUCGACGAAUGAUGGGCAAACCAAGAAGAUGUUCUCAAGCCUUUUUUGAAGAAGAACGAAGAGAAUUAGAAAGAAAAAGACAGAAGAUACGCAUGCUUCAACAGAGAAAAGCGGCAGAUGCCCAAAUCUUCAAGGAUUUACCAUCUGAAAUUCCACUACAGUUAGUUAUUGGAACAAAAGUUACUGCAAGAUUAAGGAAACCACAAGAUGGUCUUUUUACUGGUAGUAUAGAUGCUGUAGACACUAGUAAUAAUACAUAUAGAAUUACUUUUGAGAGGGCUGGCUUAGGAACUCACAGCGUUCCCGACUAUGAAGUUUUGUCGAAUGAACCACCUGAGACAAUAAGCCUUGCCUCGUUUACACACAAGUUCAGACCUCGACACGUGCAAUAUGUACCUUCACCAGCCUAUGCUAUGAAAUUAGCUUCACCAAAUUUAAACAACGAUCCACUAAUAUCUAAUGCUACUAUUACUAAAAAGACACCUGCAUCUGGUACCAUGAAUGGUUAUCCAGUAAAGUUACUCGAAAAUAUGGUAAAAGUUAAUAAAAUUUUAACUGUUAAGAAAAGUAAAAUCAAGACGUUGAAGGAAAUGAAUAGCGAGGCUGAAAAACGAAGAUCUAUGCAAGAAAGUUUACCACCAGAUUUUGAAAGGAAAUAUGCAGGAAUCGUCGUUGAACUUGAAAAAAUGAAUGCUGAACUUCAAGAUUUAUUGAAUGACGUUCAAGGAAUGUGUCAAGAAAUUGCUCCCGAACCAAGUGUAGCAGCAAUGCUGGCACCUUCACAUCUUAGAGAAAAAUGUCGACAAGAGGCUGCCGAUAUGGUUGCAAAAAAUAACAUGAUAAAUGAGAAUGAACCCACUAGUAUGAAUCAACUUGUUACAGAUCUCACAGCUCUCAUGCUGCAAGUCAAAUAUCUAUCAGAUUCAGAUAGAAAUGCUUACGAGUUGAAGGUACUACAAGGAACUAUGGAGCAAAUUAGAUCGAAACUUUCUCCACAGAACCAACAAGUUUUUCAGAAUUGUGUUGAAAUUCACAUGCAACACAUACAAGUGGGAUUAGGACAAGUAGGUGCGUUAACGCCUUUUAUGGCGCAAAAAAUUUAAUAAUAAAUUUUUUAAUGUUUAUAAUUGCAUCAAAACAACGGCAAAUAUUGUUGCAAACGUUUAUACCGAUAUUGGCUUAUCUCGAAAAAACGCCAUUUCUUUGAAUAGAUGUUUAUGUGUAAAGAUUAUUAUUUCAUAAAUUUAAGAAUAGAGUUUUAUAGAAAAUUGUGUAACAUGCAUCCUAUAUUUUACGUUUACUUGUAUAUAAAAGAAUUUCACGUUAAUUAUGCAAACUUAACGUUCAUUCAUAAUUACAUCCUCACAUACAUCAUCUAUUAUUUUAUCAAUGUUAGAUAGGUAAUUAUACAUUAAGUAAAUUUUUAUUUUCCAACUAUUAGUUGGGAUAGAGUAAAUUGAGAAUGAUAUUCGCAAAAUUGUCAUACAAUUGAAGUAGUUGACGAUGAAAUAAUUAUAGAUCAAAGAAAUUAUUAUGUAUAAAAUGCUUUUUAGCAGAAUCAAUUUCUUCGAAUGGUAUAUAUGUAUAUAUAUGUAUGUCUCAUAUGUAUAUACAUAUAUAUAUAUAUGAGACAUUAUAUAGUUCAUUUAAAAACACGAAGAAUGAAUAAUGUUGCAUAGUUGUGUUUUUAUAAAGUGAAACAUUUGGAAACAAAACUUACUUUUAUUUAAAGCAGAAAAGAAAUAAGAGCCAGUUUGUUAAACAAGCAUUAGCAUUUUCUACUUUUUAAAAGUUUUUGAAGAAAGGAAAAUACUAUUGAGAACUGACUUUUAUUUCUAUUGAAAAGAAUUAUUAAAAUUUAUCAUCUAGCGUAUUUUAAUUAAAAAAAUUAAUGAAGUAUUUCUCACACUGUUAGAUUUUAAAGUGUCAUAAACGAAACAAAUACAUCAGUAAUAACUAUUACAUUAACAAGGAUUUUCAUGAUUAACAAGUGCAGACGUAGAUUUAGGCAUUUUUUCCGUGUAAUAGCAACCUUUGUAUUUCAAACUUCAGCUACAUAAAUUGAACAUUACUUUAAAUAUUGUGUAAAUA